GAUCAAUAUCAAAUUCUCAUGACCAACGUUGUAUCAAUUAUAUCUACUUUGGUAAACUUUUUCGGUUUUUACGUGAUCAUAAAUCAAAAAACCCGAGAAUCACGAACCUUUACAUAUGCGCAACUUUUCUAUCAGAUGCUUCUCUACGCCACUCAAGUCUAUGCUGGAACCAUUUUAAAUAUCGUUUUCCUAUUCCCCGUGCCUGGAGUGUAUUGUAUUGGCUGGUUGAAAAAUCUAUCAGGGAUACCUGCAGCGAUCUGUUUUGUGAUUGAAAUAUUUCUAGUUAAGGAAAUGCUAUUUUUAAUUACAGGCCAUAUUCGACAUUUUAUUCUCGCUUCAAGGAAUGAUGAUUGCAAUUUUGAUGUUCUUAAAAACAAUGGCCAUCACCAGGUCAAAAUCUCCAUUUAAAGCAAGCCCAUCGAAUCAAAAACUAUUUAUCAGUUUCGGAGUUGGUCUUCCAAUAUUUUUUCAAAUGUGCAUAUUCACUGCAUCUUAUUCAAGCCCCUCAAAGAUUGCUCAAUUUCUCAAAGACUCAUACCCUCAUAUGAAAUAUUUAACAGCUUACCCAUUUCUGUGGAUGCUAACUUCAAAGCGAAAUCUUCAAGGGUUUUUUAUGACUAUAAUAGCUUGUAUUGGCAUUGUUUUUAUGCUUGUCAUAAUUUUGUUUAUAAUAUUGGUAGUUGAAUUAGAUUUACAAGUGAAUACAAUGAGCCAAGCGUCGAAUAAGUAUCACAAACGGCUGCUCUUUGAGUUCAUGGUUCAUAUAAUGAUCAGUUUGCCGUUCUUCAUCUUAUCACCUUUACUAAUUUUUUUGAAAAUUUUUUUGAAUGACACCGUAGACGUUUCCUUUCUAACGUCUAUAUCAUUCGCAGUUUUCACGUCUGCACCUAUUCCGUCGAUGUUGGUUUUUCUGCUAAAAAAUAAGAAGUAUAGAUCAUUUUUAAUUAAACUGUUCCAUAUUCCCCAAAGAACCGAACCACCUGCAAAAUCCAUUAUUUCUCGGCAAACAGUGUCACGUGUACGGAUGGAAUAAAUUAUGAAUGUCUAAUU